AUGCCUUCUCAGAAGAAAAAUGACAUUGCAAUUAGAAUGGAAGACGUGGGAAUCGAAAUCGAUGGAGAGUUAGACAGUGGGAGUGAGGGUAAAAACAGGAAAGCCAAAGCCUCUCCACGAGCCGGGGGACGGAACGGCAAACCGGCCACCACUGAGGACGAAGAGGAAGAGGAGGAUCAGGACGAGGCACCGAGGAAGAGGGCUCGUAAGAAGAAAGCCAGUGCCCAGGACAGCGAGGAAGAGGAGGAGGAAGACGACAGAAGCGUCAAGCGGAAGGGCACAAAGGCUGCGGGCAGAAAGAAAAAGGCAGUCAAGGAGGAGGAGGAGGAGGAGGAGGAACAAGGGAAGAAAAAGAAAGGCGGAAAAGGUGAUGCCAAAGGCAAAGGAGGGAAGGAGAAAGGGAACGGGAAAGACAAGAAAAAGAAGAAUGGAAACUCUUCUUCUUCAGGCGAGUCAGGGGACGAGGAUUCUCUGUCGGAGGGGGAGAUGACUUCUCUGAAGGAGGAGGUGGAGGAGAAGAAGAAGCUGAUAGCCACGCUCAGGAACAAACCGUGGCGCAUGAAGAGGAGGCUCAAACUCCUCAAAGAAUGCCAGGCGUUUGUGGAGGAGUUCGAGGGGGCUCUGGGAAAGGGCAAAGGGAGGAAGCUCUAUGCCUAUAAAGUCAUGAUGGCUAAGAAAAUGAUCAAGUUCAACCGUGACUUUGACAAUUUCAAAACAGCCUGUAUUCCGUGGGAAAGAAAGAUAAAAGAGGUUGAAAGUCACUUUGGGUCAUCUGUGGCUUCCUACUUCAUCUUCUUGCGGUGGAUGUACGGUUUAAACUUGGUCCUGUUUGCGUUCAUGUUUGGUCUUGUGGUUCUCCCAGAGGUGAUGAUGGGUCUUCCGUAUGGGUCUAUUCCCAGAAAAACUGUUCCCAGAGCAGAGCAGGACAGAGCCAUGGACAUCUCUGUCCUCCUUGAUUUUGGUGGUUACUGCAAGUACUCUAUUCUGUUCUAUGGUUUCUAUAAUGACGAGCGCACCAUCGGAGUCCUCCAGUUCAGACUGCCUCUCUCCUACCUACUAGUUGGUCUAGGCAUCUUCGGCUACAGCCUGAUGGUGGUCAUUAGAACGAUGGCCCGUAAUUCGGACGAGGGAGGAGACGGUGGGGAUGACGGACAGUUCACCUUCGCAUUUAAGAUGUUCACCAGCUGGGAUUACCUCAUUGGCAACCCAGAGACAGCCGACAACAAGUAUGCCUCAAUCACCACCAGCUUUAAGGAAUCCAUAGUAGACGAACAGGAGAACCAGAAGGAUGAAAACAUCCACUUGCGAAGGUUCCUGCGGGUUCUAGCCAACUUUUUAAUCCUCUGCAGCCUGGGCGGCAGCGGCUUCCUCAUCUAUUUUGUGGUCAAGAGGUCUCAGGAGUUUGCCAACCUAGAUCAGGAUGAGCUUUCCUGGUUUGAAAAGAAUGAGGUGGAGUUUGUGAUGUCACUGCUGGGGCUGGUGUGCCCCCCUCUCUUUGAGACCAUCGCUGAGCUGGAGGAGUACCACCCUCGUAUCGCCCUCAAGUGGCAACUGGGCCGCAUCUUUGCCCUGUUCCUCGGGAACCUCUACACCUUUCUGUUCGCCCUUUUUGACGAAGUCAACGCAAAGUUGGAAAAGGAGAAGUCUAUUAGGAAUGCCACUAUCUGGGGACUGAAUGAGUACUAUUCCAACUAUAGCUCCUACCACAACACUACUGACAUCCCCCCUCCAGACAUCCACCCUGCUGAUGUCAUCAGAGGGCCGUGCUGGGAGACCGCCGUUGGCAUAGAGUUUGUGAAGCUCACCGUCUCUGACAUCCAGGUGACGUAUAUGACCAUCCUGAUUGGUGACUUCCUGCGAGCCAUGAUCGUGCGUUUCCUCAACUACUGCUGGUGCUGGGACCUGGAGGCUGGAUUUCCAUCGUAUGGAGAGUUUGACAUCAGCGGCAACGUGCUUGGAUUAAUAUUCAAUCAAGGAAUGAUUUGGAUGGGUGCGUUCUACGCCCCUGGCCUGGUAGGGUUGAACGUCUUGCGUCUCCUCACCUCCAUGUAUUACCAGUGCUGGGCAGUGAUGAGCUGUAACGUUCCCCAUGAGAGGGUCUUCAAGGCCUCUAAAUCCAACAACUUCUACAUGGGCCUCCUCCUCCUGGUGCUCUUCCUCAGCCUUCUGCCUGUGGUUUACACCAUAAUGACCCUGCCGCCCUCCUUCGACUGUGGCCCCUUCAGCGGAAGGGAGCAAAUGUAUAAUGUCGUCAUGGAGACUAUAGAGAACGACCUACCAGCAUUCAUUGGGAAUAUCUUCACCUACGCAACUAAUCCUGGGCUGAUCUUACCAGCAGUGCUGCUGAUGGUGUUGGCCAUCUACUAUCUGAAUGCGACCUCUAAAAACUAUCAAAAUGCCAACCUGGAACUGAAGAAGAAGAUGCAAAUGGCUAGAGAUGAGGAGAAGAACAGGAGGAACAACAAGGAGAACACCAACCAGGUGAUGCAGGACCUGGAGGACCUCCUGCCCAACCGCUCUCUGCUCCCCCCUGCUGCGGAGGAGGAGAAGCCCCCACCAGAGAUAGUGCUCGAGAAGGGAAGCAAAUCUCCCAAAGUGGCAAAACGUCCAGGAGCAGCAGCCAAUGGUAAGGGGGUUAAUAUUCAGAAGGAUGUUUCGUUGGCUGCACCAAACCCCAAAGCAGCUGUGACCCAUCCCCCAGGCCCAAGGGGGCCGUCUGGAAACGCCAGAGGACCACCCCCAGGGCCGGCGAGGGGCAGAGGGAGGGGGACACCUCCCUCUAGACGCUAAACAGGUGAAAACCAGGGUGCUAGGAUGUCAAUACCACCCUGACAAAUCAGGCUGUAGACAAGCAGGGGAAGAGCAGGGUUGUGUUCAUUAGGUACCAAACGUAAGAAAACAGACCGAAACUCCAAUAAGAAAAGUUCCUUGUUUUCCAUUGGAAAAAGUUUGGGAAUCUGGCCAAAGAUCUAAAGCCUGUAGGUAGUAUUUGUAACACCCUCAC